AUGCCGACCCUCCGCAGCGCCACGACGGGCGCGUCCCCCGCCGCGGCCAGCACGCCGCGCAGCGUCAAGCGCCGGCUGACGUCGCCGGGCGCGUCGCGGCACACCUCCCCUCACCGGUCCCCGCACGCCGGCGCCGGAACGGUAUGCACCCCGAAGCUGCUGUCCGCGUCGCCCAAGUCCUCGAGGAAGCGGCUCUACGGCGACCUUGUCGCGGCCGAGAAGCCUAAGUGGAAUCCCCGAGAUCCCGCGCAGAUGAGGGCUGUCAAGGAGGCGCUGCACGUGGCAACGGUGCCGUCAUAUGAGUUGGUUUGCCGGGACAAUGAGCAGAGGCGCGUGUUUGAGUUCUGCAAGGCGUGCGUCCAGCAGGAGAAGGCUGGGAGCCUGUAUGUCUGCGGGUGCCCCGGCACAGGGAAGACCUUAUCCAUAAACAAGGUCAAGCAGAGCUUGGUGUGUUGGGCAGAUGAGAUGGGAAUGUUGACACCCGACUCACUAACAAUCAAUUGUACAAACCUAGCAAACACAUCCGAGAUUUUUAGCAAGAUACUAGGACAAUUUCAGAACCGAAAGAAGGGAAGGGGCAAACUGUCACCACUUCAGCAACUUCAGAGCAUGUUUUCCAACAAGGAAUCAGCUCCAAGAAGAAUGAUGUUGGUCAUUGUGGAUGAGAUGGACUACUUAAUAACAAGAGAUCGGGCUGUGCUACAUGAUAUUUUCAUGCUUAUGACUUGCCCAUAUUCAAGAUGCAUACUAAUAGGAAUUGCAAAUGCCAUAGACCUAGCAGAUCGGUUUCUUCCAAAGCUUGAAUCCUUAAAUUGCAAACCUCUUGUUGUAACUUUCCGUGCAUAUUCCAAGGAUCAAAUAUCUGACAUAAUUAAACAUAGACUAAAGGUUCUAGAGUAUGAUGUUUUUGAACCACUGGCCCUGGAGUUUUGUGCUAGAAAAGUCGCAGCAGCCACUGGUGACAUGAGAAAGGCUCUAGGUGUCUGCAGGAGUGCUGUGGAGGUUCUUGAAGCAAAGCUACAAGAUUCUUCUGAUCAAGAAUUAGGAAUAGUGACAUUUGACCAUAUGGAUAUAGCCUUGUCAAAGGCAUUCAAGUCAGCAGUAGUAGAUAGCAUACUGUGUCUUCCCCAACAACAACAGAUGGUACUGUGUGCAUUGGCAAAUACUUUCCAGCAUUGCAAGAAAAAGGCUACUACUCUAGGAGAGCUUAACAAAUCAUACAUCGAAAUCUGUAGAUCAACCCAAGUCCCAGCAGUUGGAAUGCUUGAAUUUUCUAACAUGUGCAUGAUUUUGAGUGAUCAGGGAUUCAUGAAGCUAGGGCAAUCCAAGGAAGAUAAGCUUAGGAGAGUGACACUUAAGAUUGACAUUUCAGAUAUUGGUUUUGCAUUUAAGGGAAAUCGUUUCUUUCAAAAAUGCCUGGAGCAGCCAAGAUGCUAGCUAGACUCAUAGUUACACCAUGCAGCCAAUUGUGGCUAUACAUUUUUUGUGAAUUGACAUUAUCGAGCACCAACAAUUACAACCCUGGAUGCGCAAACACUCAGGUGUUGUCGUUCUACAUGGAGUGCGGAGAGAAGUGUACAUGUGAUGAGUUGUAUUUUCUAUACACAAUUCUUGCAAAAGAUAGAUGACUGUAUUCUGAUUAUUUUUUUCAAUUUUUACUCUUCCAAAACUGAUUGAUUAUGUAGCUAAACACUAGCAUAGCAAUAACAUUUGUUGUAACAUUCCUUGCUGGAAGUUGGAUUCUGCAACGAUAAAAGCUGGAAUCAUGUAAUGUAUUUUGGCCAAAUCAG